GAAGUCUGUCAACAUGGCGGCCACCGGAGACGGUUCGGAAAGCUCUGUGAGGAAAAGACGUGCCGACAGAAGUAAGACAGAGACAAAGUGUGCUGACAGCAGUGAAGAAAAUGGAGCAGACGCCAGCAAAGACACCGAGAAAGAAAAGAGCCUUCAGUCGUUACGGACUGGGACUUACUGGCUCACUCGUAUCGUGCUGCUGCGCUCCGUCGCCUUUAUUUACUUUGUGGCAUUCAGCGUUGCUUACAACCAGAACAAGCAGCUGAUAGGCGAGCACGGACUAAUGCCCUGCAAGAGCUACCUCAACAGCGUUAAGCGCUAUGUGGGGGGAAAGAUAGGCAUGGCCGCCUUCGCGUACACACCCUCCAUCCUCUGGUUGUUAGACUGGAGCGACAUGGAUGCCAACCUGGAUGGCAUUGCCCUGGGGGGCAUGGCACUGUCUGCAUUUGUCCUAGUGACGGGAAUGGCCAAUAUGGUGAUCAUGGUUACACUGUGGGUGCUUUACCACUCCCUGGUCAGCGUGGGACAGCUGUGGUACUCCUUCGGUUGGGAGAGUCAGCUGUUGGAGACAGGGUUUCUGGCCAUUUUCCUGUGUCCGAUGUGGACUCUGUCCCAGGUCCCCAGCCACUGUCCCCCCUCCCUUAUCUGCAUCUGGACCUUCAGAUGGCUCAUUGUUCGCAUCAUGCUGGGAGCUGGUCUCAUUAAAAUCAGAGGCGACAAAUGCUGGAGAGACCUCACCUGCAUGGACUACCACUACGAGACCCAGCCAGUUCCUAACCCCAUGUCCUACUACAUGCAUCGCUCUCCGUGGUGGUUUCAUCGCUUCGAGACGUUGUCCAACCACCUCAUCGAGCUCAUCUUCCCGUUCUUCACCUUCUUGGGCAGGCGGAUGUGCAAAGUCAACGGAGCAAUCCAGAUCCUGUUCCAGGUGGUUCUGAUAGUGAGCGGGAACCUCAGUUUCCUUAACUGGCUGACCAUUGUCCCCAGCCUGGCCUGUUUUGACGAUGCAUCGCUGGGCUUUCUGUUUCACUCUGGAUGUGGAGCCAAGAAGGCAGUGCUCGAGGUACAGAAUGAGGAUGCAGCUGGACGCACCCCCAAACCCACCAAAGGUAUGUUUAUACGUCGGGUGGUGAACAUUUCUUUGGGCGUUCUGAUUGGCUACCUGAGCAUUCCCGUGGUGAUGAACCUGUUUAGUUCCAGGCAGGUGAUGAACACCUCCUUCGACCCACUGCGCAUUGUCAACACCUACGGGGCCUUUGGCAGCAUUACCAAGGAGCGUACCGAGGUGAUUUUCCAGGGCACUCUAAAUCAGGAUCCCAAGGACCCCGAGGCGGUUUGGGAGGAGUACCAGUUCCUGUGUAAGCCAGGGGACGUUUACAGACGACCGUGCCUCAUAUCACCGUACCACUACCGGCUGGACUGGCUCAUGUGGUUUGCUGCCUUCCAGACCUACGAGCAGAGUGAGUGGGUGAUCCACAUAGCAGGACGACUGCUGUCCAAUGACAGCACUGUCCUCUCCCUGCUCGACCAAAACCCCUUCCAAGGCAGAGAAACUCCCAGGUGGGUUCGAGGGGAACAUUUCAGGUACAAGUUCAGCCAGCCGGGCAGCGCCAGCGCAGCGCAGGGGAGGUGGUGGCUGAGAAAACGCAUCGGGGCCUACUUCCCUCCCGUGGACCUGGAAGGGCUCAGGGGCUACUUCCAGUCUAGGAACUGGCCCCACCCACACAUACCACCAAACAGGAACUAAAGCCAUGACCUCUGACUACAGUACACAGAGGAAAUCAGAGGACUUCAGGGGUUGAGGUUGGAAAGAGGUCAAUUCAAAGUCAGUUUCAGUGUCAUGUUGCUGGAGUUGAACACAUGUUACAGGGACCAAGGAUGGCAUCAGGUUUUUUCCGAUUGCUUGGUUUCAUGAAGAACUGCUUGAUAAAACCUGAAAUCAAACAUCCUGACAUUUACUCACAAACAAUGUGAUGCUUUUCAAGGUUUCAUUUAGGGAUGUAUCUAUGUAUCAAAAUAAUCACUGCCCUUUGUAUCUCAUAAAACAACGUCAGUGAAAGCCCAAUAUUGAAUGUGAGUCUUGACUAAAAUUUCAAUAUUAAAGCUGGUGCAAUUAAAAUUUA